UCCAGUGAGCAACUACCGCCGAUUCCUCAUCCACCGCUGCGUGGAGGAGCUCGGGAUACUGCAGCUGGCGACGUUCUCUAUAGGUGUGUGCGAGGAACGCCGCACUGUCGUCUGUUAUAAGGAGAAGUUGCUCAGUGAUGAAGCUUGCGCGCGACCAACAAUGGGACUGACACACAUGGAUCGCGAGAAUGCGCUGUUAUCACGCGAUGAUGGCGCGGGGGACGGGCCUGCGCCGGCGCACCGUCGUCGUGAGGAAAAGAUCAGAUCUGGGUCAACGAAACCCCGGCGACCCGACCGUGCUGUGUAUGUUCCUCGGGCGCUGCGUGCGGCCGAGAGCAUCCCUACGGAGGACUCCAAACCAGAAGUGGUCCAUCGGCGGAGCAGCCGCAGCGCCGACCCCGCCAAGCGACCCAAAUCCCCCCCGCCCCGAGAUAAAUCCGCCGGCACCCCCCGCAAGUCCAUAGACAAAAACUUCUGCAACGUAUACACUCCACCCCACCUCAGAAAUCAAAGAUCUCACACAGCCCCGAGCAUAGACCAAGCUACGGCGAGCGAUACAAACGAAUCUGUGCCUUCAGCUUGCCAAGUGCCAAAUAGUGAUAGUGCAAUAUCUUAUAGUGAUAAUAGUUACGACGUAGAAGUAGGCGAGAAUUUUUAUAUAGGCGAUUACUUCGCCAAUGGACAGCUAGGGUUCUACAGUCCGAAUUAUUACGAAGAAUUCACUGAACCCGAUAACGAUUGGAGGCCAAAUGAGCCUGACAUAAUGGCUGACCCAGCGAAUCAAAGCAAUAUUAUUGAUAAUGAUAAUUAUUUAUAUAGUAAAGAUGAGGAUGUUGAAAAGAAAGAGUUGAAACGAGCGUCACAAGAAAUAAAUAGAAGUAGUAAAAGGAUAAUAAAGCAAAGUUUUCAUUCGGACGUGUUGAUUAUCUCCGAUCCCGUGGAAGAGGCGAAAAACGAAAAGAAUGAGGUACCAAUAGUACCUGAAGUGAAAGAGCCUGAGCCGAAGAAAUUGAAGCCGAAAUUGGAAGCUAAGUUGUCAUUGAAAAGAGAAGAGAAUGAUUGGGACGCUGUUUUUGAUGACAGUGGAGAAUGUUUGGAUCCUUCUCUAUUAGAAGAAUUGACGUCGACAGUUGGGAAGGUGCACAUAAGUAAAGCGAAGAACAAUUACGAACAAUAUCAGACUAAGGGCCAAGCUCUAUUCAAUGGGCCGUUUGAUGAGACUUUCGCGCAUGUAGUGGAAGUGUAUGAUUUUCCCAGUGAGUUCAAGACCAACGACUUGUUGUCUGUGUUUAGUGAAUACAAAGACACUGGUUUCGAGAUCAAAUGGGUGGACGACACCCACGCUUUAAUUGUCUUCAGCAGCGCAAAAAUUGCUGCGGAAGUGCUGUCGGCCCAGCGGCCGCUGGUGCGGUGUCGUCCUCUCCACGCGGCCACGCUCGAGUCCCGCAAUAAGGCCAAGAAGUGCGCCGAGUACCUGCAGCCUUACAGACAACGGCCGGAGACGUGCACAGCGCUGGCGCGACGCCUGGUGUCGGGCGCGCUGGGCGUCAGGCUCAGCACCGCGCGCCAGGAGCGCGACGAGGAGAGGCGCAUCAUCACCAAGGCCAGGGAGAAGAAAAGGCAAGCGGCUCUUCAUAAAGAAGCGGCGUGGGACGGUUCGCUCGCGAACCAAUCACUAGCGGACGUCUGAGGUGCCGUUUGCGAACGAAACGCAGAUAAUCUAAUAAAAAGUUGACAAGCUCUCAAAAAUCUACGUAAUGUUACAAUAUUUGUAGACAUAGAUAUUUUUCUAAACGAAUUCAUAGAUUAUAGAGUUACGCUCAAGGGGUUGCGGUCCAAGUCUAUGUGUCAUAAGUGUUAGUUUUUAAUUUCGCUUAGUAUAAUUUGUGAUUGUGAUGUUGAGCUUCCGAUAAAUCGACUGAUUUAAUAUUAUUUAUUCGUUAUUGUGUAUUUUAUGAAUCACAUAUUUAUAUAUUUCAGAAUAAAAGUCUUAGCACACUUAUUACUCCACCACUCCCAUCCGGCAAGAUGACAUUCAUUGAAAAAUGAGCUUUAAGUCGUCCUCUGUAGACAUAUUUUACAUUGACAACACGAGAGCUGACAGCGAGCAAUCCGCUAUUUUGAUGUCAUUGUAAAGUAAGUCUACAAGGUACGCUUUAAAGCUCAAUUUCCAAUGAACGUCAACUUGCUGGGUAGGAGCGGUGCGGUACAACUGUACUACGACCUUAAACUGAAUGAAAUAGGACAUAUAAGGAAAACUCACACAUGACAUCAAAAUAUAUAUCUGAUAAACAAAUAGAAGCGGAAGAAAUACAAGCGGGAAAAGUUCAAUAACCCUAAAUACUUUGUCAAUUGUAUGAUUAUGUAAAUACACUGAUAAGCAUAUAUUAAGACAUUUUUUUUAGGUUAUAAUAGUGAUCUAUUAUAACCUGAAAAAAGAAAACCUUUAUGCUCUUUCUCUCUCUAGCAUUCUAAAUAAUAAGGAUUGUUAUUCUAAACUGUUACCAUUAUCGAUGAUUCUGAAAUACUCAAACGAAACGCUUUAUUACGAAAUAUAGUAUAUUUUUAUAUAACAAAAAUGUUAUGCAUGAAAUAUUACUAGGUAUGUAUUUUAUAUUAAAAUUGCAUAAAAAUCUCCGAUUAAUAAGAUCUCCUCGUUUCGUCUCUCGACGAAUUGGCUCAGAGACUAAUUUUAUAAUAUAGUAUUUUUAUACCAAAUAUUAGUAUUGUCUAUUAUACGAUGUACUAACUCUAUAGGCUAUGUAUUGCUGUAAGUGAUGAUGUUUUAUCUGUGCUUUAGUUGCAAAUUCAGUUGAUAGAUGUCGCGCGAAAAUGAAAUGAUACUUUUGUAUGUUGACCUCGUAUUGCAUAAUAUUUUAGCAAUUUGUUUAUUUAUUAAAUUAUCUAUGGUUGCUGCGAUCAAUUAAUUCUCGAUUUUAUGACAUGCGUUUGUAUUUUUACGAUCUUUACUAAAUUAUUGAGUUGGGUGCGCUUCACGAGUCCGCGUCUAUGGAAAUCGUGGGACAGUUCUACAUCUCAUGAAAACUAUCUGGGAGUAACUAGAGAUAUAAUUAAGGGAAAACUAUGUAAUUAUGUAACGCGACUUCACUCCCGUGGGAAUUGUGGGAUCGGCUGAAUUAUUUAAAUGUGACAAUUUUAUUAAUAAUCCUACCACAUGAAAGUGGCCUUUGAAUAAAUAUAUUUGUGGUCGUCCAAAUCAAAAGGGACCUUAUGGCGGCUGGCGUUUAGGUCUUUAUUGUCGUUGUUCCAAUAAAAAACAACGGCAAUAAUGGCGUAAGUGCCGGGCGCCAUAAGGUCCCUUUUGAUUUUUUUCACAGUAUCUGUCAAACAUUGAAAUUAUCCAGUAGUUUCAAAGGUUAGCGCGUUCAUACAAACUCUCCAGCAUUGUAAUAUUAGUAUAGAUCAAACAUCACCAUGCAUAGUCGUGAACACGCCUUGUGUCUAGUCUGGAGCGGACCUUCAACCUCUUGGCGUAGAAAUUAUUAGUCGAAUUAGCACAUUGUUGUAGGGGAAUUGGAUUUAGGUCAAUUGAAACAGUGGACGCGUUUUCACUUAGUUCAACUGAGUGUUCUUACCAGUUGAACUAAUGGAAUUAGUUAAUCUUGGUGUUAUUUUUCACUUUUUUUAGUUUUAUUAUAACAAAUCGUAAGUGGGUUUUAAUUAAACCAUGGUGUUCGAGUGGUUAGUUUGUAUCUCACUCAUGUACGGUAAUUAAAAUUUAAUUAUGAUGCUUUUGGUGAAGAAUACAUCGUGAGGAAGUGUGAAAUGGAAAAUGCAAUGGCGAACUCCACUGAAAUUAAAUUUGAGUUGUUGCAUCUUACACCACAUAUUGAGAUUUUGCAUGCUUGAAUAAAACACGUCUACUGUUUCGAACAAAUAGGAAAAGGUUAAGAAAACGAAAGUAUUGCUUAAAUAGAAAUAUGUAUUUUUAAUACGAAUCUUGAAGACGACUUGUUGGUAAUCAGGUACCUACCAGAAUAUAAUGUGAAUAUAAAUCUUAUGAUUGUUAUAUUCGUAGCACGAAUCACCCCACCCCACAAUCACGUGACACCCCUGAUGCGGCAGCGUCCACAGGCUGCGAUGACCACGUGACAUUAGGUGGGCCGUAUGCCUGUUUGCUUGCUCAGUAGUAUGAAAAAACAAUCAUAUUGUAAUGUGAAGGACCAACAAAGAUAUCGUAUUAUUAAUAGAGAGACUAGGAACUUUUGGCGCUUGGGAAAUAUUUAAACUUAACGGAUCGACGUGUGUGUCGCUACUGUUGAACAAGAAAUCGAAUAUUUCACAAAAACUUGACAUUUUUCAAUUUCAGUCGCUGAGUCGAGUUUUCAUCAUCAUUUAAACUUCCCACAGGGCACACACAAACCUCUCUUAUGUAUGAAUAAAGAGUACAGGCUAA